ACUUGGACUUUAUAAAUGUCAGAAUGAGCUCGCCCAGGCAGUCUGCAAACACCACAGCCACCACAGUACAGCUCCUGAGGAUCAACUCGCCUCAAAGAACAGAUCUCUUCAAAACACCAUGUUUGUGUGGCUUCUGUUCCUUCAUGUGGUGACACAGGUCUGCUGCCAGCUCUGUGGCAGGCCGUGCUACUGCCCCAGAAGAGCUCCCCGAUGCCCCGCGGGUGUUUCUGUAGUCCUGGAUGGGUGCCAGUGCUGCCAGGUGUGUGCCAGGCAGGAGGGCGAGACCUGCAAUGAGAGAUUCAGCUGUGACCGCGCGCGCGGGCUCCAGUGUGACUUCAGCGCCAGCUACCCGGGGGGUCCUGGAGUGUGUGUCAGUGAGGAGGAGCUGGGCUGUGAGCUGGACGGGGUGACCUACAAGGAGGGCCAGGUGUUCCAGCCCUCCUGCGCCAUGCAGUGCCGCUGUGCGGGUGGGGGGGUCACCUGCGUGCCUCUCUGCAGCGAGGACGUGAGGCUGCCCAGCCCGGAUUGCCCCAACCCCCAGCAGCUGCAACUCCAGGGCAAGUGCUGCAAGGACUGGGUGUGUGAGAAUACGGCCAACAGUGUUCUUCAAGACGCCUUGGCAGCUCACAGACCCGAGGUGUCCAACCGGCUGGACCCUCACAGCCAGACCCCGAACUCCGGCUCUAACUGCAUCGAGCAGAGCACCGAGUGGAGCGCCUGUUCACAGACCUGCGGCAUGGGAACCUCCACCCGCGUCACCAACAAGAACCGCGCCUGCCGCCUGGAGACGCAGACGCGGCUCUGCAUGGUGCGGCCCUGCCAGAGCCUGUCCCGAUUGGCCCCCACGGGAGCCAGGCGAUGUGAGCCAAGUCAGAAGGUUCUGCUGCCUCUGCUAUUUGAAUACCAGGGCUGCUAUAGCACACAGGCCUUUCUCCCAAGAUUCUGUGGCCUCUGCUCUGACUCCAGGUGCUGCACCCCCUACCAGACCCGCACUGUGAACGUGGAUUUCCGCUGUCCACAGGGGAGGCUGGUUCGACACCCCAUGAUGGUCAUUGAUUCCUGUGCCUGUCAUCAUAGCUGU